AUGAACAGUGAGCUCAUUCAAAAAGGGUACCUUCCCAAAGCAACAUUUGAUCUCACUAGGCGGUGGAUACGCUGCCAGAGUAAGGUAUUUGCAUUAUAAUCAACACCAAUGAGUUCAGUGACCCGUGCAGAGGUGCUUUCACUGUACCGGAGGAUUUUCAGGAUUGCACGGAGCUGGCAGGCUCAAAGCGCCCUGCAGCAUGACACUGACACUGAGAAACGCUACAUUGUACAAGAAGCCCAAACACUGUUUCGACAAAACCAGCAGUUAACAGAACAAGAGUCUAUAAAAAAGUGCUUAGAUGAAUGCAAUGCAAGAAUAGAAAUAGGGCUGCAUUACAGGAACCCAUAUCCCAGACCAACCUAUCUGCCUCCAAUGGGACUGGCCACACAGAAAGGAAGGAAGUUUCGAGGACAACAGAAACUGAGGAAACAAGCCAAACCUGUGUAUUUACAGUCUCAUGAUGAUGACACGUGACACACACACUCAUGAAAGCGCACAUAAUUGUAUACGCACAAUAAUUGUAUACGCACAAUAACAUGUCUUACGUAUUCAAAACAGUACAUGUGCAACUUCACCUUAACAUUAAAUUAAAGAUGUAAUUAUUUGUCAAAUAAGAACAAAAUGUAUGGACACAUCAGACACAGUUAUAGACACAGUCAGUCUGUCACUGUAGGUGUUCAUACUGCCAUCCAAUGUAAAAUAUUUAUUUUGUUUUAUUAUAUUAAACAUUUCUUACAAAACCUG